GUAUUACCUGGAGACUUUAUCGACAGUGCUUGAAAUGGGCGUAGCGGAGUAGUUUCAAAAAUAAAAGUGGGCGUAAAGCGCUGGAAACUGCUUAGCGAAAUGGUAACAAGUAAAACACCGGAGUGGCCGCUCUCAGGUUUCUCUCUGCGCACAUACAUAAAACGCUACAAUAAUUCUUUGUUAUUUAACAGCAACACAAAAAAACCUCGGGCAAAAUCGCGAGGUGUUUGUGCGGGCGAAUCCCACGCGAGCAAAACAUCGAUUCGGAGUCCCGGCGGCACAACGAAGAGAGAACGAUCGUCCCGAUGUCCCUCUUUGCCGAUGUCGUUUCGAAUUCACGAGGAGCGACCGUAUGUACAUAUACAAUACACGUCGUGCGCGGAUCAUGUUUAUUAUCUAAAUAUAACAGGACUGGCAUUUGACCUGCCGCCGGUUCCCCUGCCGGUUCUUGCGACAUUGUUUUCAGCGUCACGAGCGCGCGUUAUCGUAUUUACGCUGUUCACCGUCCGUUGGGGAGAUGGACGUGUGUAGGCACAAUUAUAUCGCC